AUGACGUCUAUGUAUGAUGCAGAGGCAAAGAAAGGCGAAAUAUAUGAACUGAAAGCUGAAUUGAACAGUGAUAAACGUGAUCGGAAAAAAGAGGCGGUAAAAAAAGUAAUAGCGAGUAUGACGGUUGGAAAAGAUGUUAGAUCAAUUCUUUUUCCUAGUCAAUUGUUUCCAGAUGUUGUUAAUUGUAUGCAAACGGAUAAUUUAGAAUUAAAAAAAUUGGUCUAUUUAUAUUUAAUGAAUUAUGCAAAAACUCAGCCAGAUAUGGCAAUUUUGGCUGUUAACACCUUUGCGAAGGACUGUAAUGAUCCAAAUCCGUUGAUACGUGCUUUAGCUGUUCGUACAAUGGGUUGUAUACGUGUUGAUAAAAUUACCGAACAUUUAUGCGAACCAUUACGAAAAUGUUUAAAAGAUGAAGAUCCGUAUGUUCGUAAAACAGCUGCUGUUUGUGUAGCAAAAUUACAUGAUAUUAAUCAACAAUUAGUUGAGGAUCAAGGUUUUCUUGAUAUGCUUCGAGAUCUCAUUUCUGAUUCAAAUCCAAUGGUUGUUGCAAAUGCUGUGGCUGCAUUAAGUGAAAUAGCUGAAGCAUCACCACAAAUUAAAGUAUUUGAUUUGAAUACUCCAACGAUAAAUAAACUAUUAACAGCUUUAAACGAGUGUACCGAAUGGGGUCAAAUAUUUAUUUUGGAUGCUAUUUCAAAUUAUUCACCGAGAGAUGAAAAAGAAGCACAAAGUAUAUGUGAACGAGUAACACCUCGUUUAGCGCAUGCAAAUUCUGCAGUUGUUUUAUCGGCUGUCAAAGUUUUAAUGAAGUUUCUUGAAUUAAUUGAUCAGUCUAGUGAAUUUGUACAAAAUACGCAUCGUAAAUUGGCACCACCUCUUGUUACAUUAUUAUCAGCUGAACCAGAACUACAGUAUGUGGCAUUAAGAAAUAUUAAUUUAAUUGUUCAAAAACGUGCUGAUAUAUUGAAAAAUGAAAUGAAAGUGUUUUUUGUAAAAUAUAAUGAUCCAGUUUAUGUUAAAUUAGAAAAAUUAGAUAUAAUGAUACGCUUGACAAAUGCAUCGAAUAUAGCACAAGUGUUAGCUGAAUUAAAAGAAUAUUCAACUGAAGUUGACGUUGAUUUUGUAAGAAAAUCUGUUCGAGCUAUUGGGCGAUGUGCGAUUAAGGUUGAAUCAGCAGCUGAACGAUGUGUUAGUACGUUGAUUGAUCUUAUUCAAACAAAAGUGAAUUAUGUUGUACAAGAAGCAAUUGUUGUCAUUAAAGAUAUAUUUCGAAAAUAUCCAAAUAAAUAUGAAAGUAUUAUUGCAACAUUGUGUGAAAAUCUUGAUUCAUUGGAUGAGCCUGAAGCACGUGCUUCGAUGAUAUGGAUUAUUGGUGAAUAUGCUGAGCGUAUUGACAAUGCUGAUGAAUUAUUAGAAAGUUUUCUUGAUGGAUUCAAAGAUGAAAAUAAUCAAGUACAAUUACAAUUAUUGACGGCUAUAGUUAAAUUAUUUUUAAAAAAACCGAGUGAAACACCGCAAGAGUUAGUCACACGUGUUUUAACAUUGGUCACUCAGGAUUCAGAUAAUCCUGAUUUACGUGAUCGAGGUUAUAUCUAUUGGCGUUUAUUAUCGACAGAUCCAAAAGCAGCUAAAGAAGUCGUUUUAGCGGAAAAACCAUUGAUAUCGGAAGAAACAGAUUUACUUGAACCAACAUUAUUAGAUGAAUUAAUUUGUCAUAUUGGAUCAUUAGCAUCCGUCUAUCAUAAACCUCCAAAUGCAUUUGUUGAAGGACGUCAAACAAAGAAAAAAAAUUUACCAUUACGAUCGUCAGAUGCCAAUUAUAUGGGUACAGGUGCUGGCAUGGGUGACGAUGACGAUAAUGAUAUAAUGCCACCGAAACCGGCACAACAACAAACAACGGUGAUAACAAAUAAUACGGAUUUACUUAUCGGUGAUUUUGAUAUAUUAGGAUCAAUUCCAACAAUGAAUACUGCAACUCAAUCAAAUCAUUAUAAUCCUUCGACUUCGCAACAUGCACCAUCUUCUGUACCAAAUUUACUCGAUGAUGAAUUAUCCUCAAUAUUAGGAACUGAUUUAUAUACCCAUCCAUCAACAACACAAGUAACAAGUCCAAUAAUGGGUAAUAUAUCAAAUACAACAACAGAAUUACUUGGUCAGUUAUUUGGUGAUUUACAACUUGGUGGAGGAAUGGGUUCAUUGUCCUCUUCGGGCGCUGGUGCAUACGUACCACCGAAAGAAGUUUGGCUAAGCGCUCACAAAGGAAAAGGUUUAGAAGUGUCUGGUACAUUUUCUCGCCGUUUGGGUCAUAUCGUAAUGGACAUGACUUUCGAGAAUAAAGCAUUACAACCUAUGAGUGAUUUUGCUCUACAAUUAAAUCGUAACAGUUUCGGUUUAACGCCAGCGAAUCCUCUCCAAAUAACUACUCCAUUGUUUCCUAAUCAAACAUCAUCAACUCAAUUACAAUUGAAUACAAAUGCUCAAAUAUUAAAAAUGGAUCCGUUAACAAAUUUACAAGUAGCAAUUAAAAAUAACAUUGAUUUCUUUUUUUUUGCCUGUAUCGUACCAAUUCAAGUUUAUUUUACUGAUGAUGGUGAAAUGGAUAAAAUGCAGUUUGUUCAAGCAUGGCAAAAUAUACCAGAAAAUAGUGAAAUUAAACAUCAAAUACAAAAUACACAUUCAUUAUCGAUCGAUGAUAUUCAAACUAAAUUGAGAUUGAAUAACAUUCAUACUAUUACACGAACAACAAUUGAACAAAAUGAAAUGUUAUAUCAAACAAUGAAAUUAACAAAUGGUAUAUGGAUAUUAUGUGAAUUAAAAAUAACACCGGGAAAUAAAAUAAUAUCUCUUGAACGUCAGUUUUCCGGUGCUCAUGGAGCAAUUCGUUGUAUACGUUAUAAUAUCGAUGGAAAUUAUUGCUUAACAUCCGGAAGUGAUCGUACUAUCAAACUGUGGAAACCCGACAGUAAUUUGAGUAUAAAAACGUAUACUGGACAUAGUCAGGAUGUUCUUGAUAUACAAAGUUCAUUCGAUAAUUCACGAAUUUGCUCGGGUGGAAUGGAUAAACGUGUUUUGUACAUAGACGUUGUUAGUGGAAAAAUCAUGAAAAAAUUUCAUGCACAUGCAGGACGUGUUCAUUCUGUAAAAUUCAAUGAAGAGGCUACUGUCAUUAUAUCGGCAUCAAUUGAUGGCACUGUUAAACUGUGGGAUGUUAAAAGUCGUGAUUAUGAACCAGUUCAAAUUUUAGAUGAUGCAAAAGAUAGUGUAACAAGUCUAUGUUUAGGAAAUAAUGAAAUAUUAACAUCAUCGUUAGAUCAACGUAUUCGUAUUUACGAUAUAAGAUAUGGAAAAUUGUAUCAAGAUUAUAUUGGACAUAAUUUAACGUUCAUUAGUCUUUCGCACGAUCAACAAUGUUUUCUUAUUAGUACACUAUCUAGUCAAUUGUUGUUGUUUGAUAAAGUGAAUGGAAAACUGUUACAAACUUAUCAUGAUUAUAAAAAUAAUGAAUAUAUGAUUGAAAAUUCAUUUAGUAAUGAUGAUCAAUAUGUCUAUAGUGGUUCAGAAAAUGGACGAUUAAUAUGUUGGAAUUUAUUAACAGCAAAACAAGUAUUUUCAUUAGAACAUGAAAAGGAUAAUAAGAAAUCAGUGAAUACAUUAGCACAUCAUCCUAAAGAAAAUAAAAUAAUAACAGCACAAGAAGGAAUGAUUUAUGUAUGGAAAGAGAAGGAGAACAACGAUGACGAUGUCAAUGAGGAGGCUUUUGUAGAACAAAAACAAACAGUUAGAGAAAAUUCUGAUUUAAAAAAAAAAUUAUUAAAUUCAGUGCCAACAUUUGUGCGUGGAAAUCAUGCAGAAUGA